UCUUCCCGCGUGGAGACCGUCCAUCCAAUCAGACGCGCCAACCUCGCGCCGGGGGCGGGGCUUCCACAGCCUGGCGGAAGUCUCUCCUGAGCCAGGUUUCUUCCAGGCGUCGUGGGAGGCGUUUCCACGUUGUGUUUCUUGUCCCGGGUCUGUGGAGAUUGAGUCCCGGUCUCCGUGUUUCUGCGCCUCGGGGUGUGCGGAGACCCACGAGGACGCCAGAUGCCCGGACAGCAGGAAAUGGGGUCCUUGUCAUUUGAGGACGUGUCUGUGGGCUUCACCUGGGAGGAGUGGCAGGAGCUGGAUGCUGCCCAGAGGACCCUCUACAGGGAUGUGAUGCUGGAGAACUACAGCAGCCUGCUGUUCUUGGGAUGUUGCAUGGCCAAGUCUGAGUUGAUCAUCAAGUUGGAGCAUGGAUUUGGGCCAUGGAGGGUAACAGAAACCUCAGUCUGGAGCCCACCAGAUGUUCCUAAAGUUGCUGGCCCAGUUGACACCAUCCAGAAUAAUCAGAAGAACCAUUUGUGUCAAGGUAGAAUCAUCAACAGCAAGACAUUAAAUGACAAAAUGUUUGAAUCUGAACUAAGCCUAUACCAGAAAAUCUACCAAGAAACAAAAUGGAAUAAAGGUAAAGCGUGUAUGAAGAUGUGUUUCCAGGAGUCACAGCACACAAGUAACAUGUGUCAAACAUGCAAAAAAUCUUCAUACCACAUCUGUAUUCACACUAAAUGUCAGACAAGGGAGAAUAAUGAGUAUGACUGUAAGGAACACAGAAAAAUGUUCUUCAAUUCAAGCCACACAGUUCCUUGACUCACACAAGAGAAAAGCCAUAUG